CCAUUUGUUUAGGCGUGACGUCACUCUCACAUGAAAGAGGCCUGAGAAGAAAACACGAAAAGGGACAAAACACCACAAGGGAGAGAAAAAGGGAGAGACACACACAAAGAGAGAGUGAGCAUAAGGGAACAAGCACCGCGACCUCCCCGUCCCCUCGCGAAGAACGGAAGGAAGAACGACCCUAAACCCCAAGAUGUCAGUCUCUCUAGAAACGUUCGGCGUGCCCCAGAAGAAGGCGUCGGACAUCGAGAUCCUGAAGCCGCUGAAGAAUCUGAUCACGUCGAGGUACCAGACGGCCGAGCAGGAGAGUUACAUCGGGGCCAUCAACGAGCUCGCCAAGUUAAGGACCAACGCCGUCGCCAAGAACCUCGAGUGCCACGAGUCCUCCCUCGACGUCGUCUACAGGUAUUAUGACCAGAUAGUGGCCUUGGAGUCGAAGAUCCCGCCUUCAGAGAUCCAGAUCCCAUUCAAGUGGAAAGAUGCGUUCGACAAGGGAUCCAUCUUCGGGGGGCGAAUUAGUCUUACUGUGUCAUCCCUCUCCUACGAGAAGGUGUGCGUGCUCUUCAACAUCGCAGCGAUGCAGAGCCAGGUUGCGGCAGCCAAGAACGCAGACUCGGAGGAGGAGAUGAAGCUGAGCGCCAAACUCUUCCAGAGCGCUUCCGGAAUCUUCUCGCACCUGAAGACGGUCGUGUACUCGGCGCUGCAGCAGGACCCCACCCCAGACCUGCAGCCGGAGACUCUCUCGGCCCUCGCCGCCCUCAUGCUGGCCCAGGCGCAGGAGGUCAUCACCGUCCAUGCCAUCCGGGGACGAAAGAAGGAUGCCAUCAUUGCUAAGCUCUGUGCCCAGUGCGAGGACAUGUAUGGGGAAACCCUGAAGCUGUUCCAGAGAGAGAGCAUCAAGCAGCUCUGGGACCGCGAGUGGAUCCCCCGCAUCUCGGGCAAGCAGUCCGGGUACGCUGGCCUCGCCGAAUACCACCAGAGUAGAGUAUGCAAUAGUGACAAAUCAGUGGGUGAGGAGAUUGCACGUCUGAACAAAGGCCUGGAGAUGUUCAAGGCAGCGCAGGCGCGUUCAGGUGAUCUAACGAUGUUUGCAGACAACCUGGGGCGGGCCAAGAAUUGCCUGGAUGAGGCAGUGAAGGACAAUGACUUCAUCUACCAUGAAAGAGUUCCUGAUGUGAAGUCACUGAGUGCCAUUGCAAAAGCAGCCCUGGCCAAGCCCACCCCCUUGCCAGAGAAAUUCAGCACCACCUUCACCGACCUGUUUGAAACUCUCGUUCCCGUCUCAGUGCAGCAGGCCCUCGUGGCCUAUGACACUCGCAAGCAGGAGCUGGUGUCCUCGGAGAUCGGCCAUCUCCGGGAGAGCACACAGCUGCUCAACUCAAUCCUGGCUUCCCUCAAUCUGCCCGCGGCCAUUGAGGAUGUGGGUGGGGAGAAGGUGCCCCAGUCCCUCAGAGAGAAGUCCAGCUCUGUGGUGGAGCUUGGAGGCUGCGAGGCCCUGCAGAAGAUGAUCUCAGAGCUGCCAGACCUCCUAACCAGGAACAAGGAGCUGCUGGAGGAGUGCGAACGUUCUCUGAAGGAAGAGCACGAGUCAGACAGCCAGUUGCGCACCCAGUUCAAGGAGCGCUGGACCCGCACCCCCUCAGAGAACCUCACCACCACCUUCCAGACCAACGCCCAGAAGUACAGGAAAGUCAUCGACACGGCCAUGAGUGCAGACACAACCAUCCGGGAGAAGUACGAGUCCCACAAGGAGGGCAUGGAGCUGCUGUCGGCCGGACCAGAGAACAUUGCCGGGGCCCUCCCUUCAGCCAGCUCCACCACCGACGGCAGCGACCCGGCUGUCGUGAGGCUCAAGAAGCUGAUGGAGGAUGUGGAGACGCUCAAGGCUGAACGAGAUGCAAUUGAGUGCGAGCUGAAGAGUGCAACGGUUGAUAUGAAGAAUGUGUUCCUUAAUGCACUAGCUCAGGAUGGUGCCAUUAAUGAGCAGGGAAUGUCAGCGGAGAGCCUGGGCCGCGUCUUUGGCCCCCUGCAGAAACAGGUGAAGGAAAGCAUAGAGCGUCAGGAGGAGCUGGUCAAGAACAUCCAGGAGGCCCACAAGGACUUCAGCCAUGCCGUGUCUGGAGCGGGAGGCGAGCGCGAGGCCAUGAUGAAGAAACUGGCCUCAGCCUAUGACAAUUUCAUCGAGCUGCGCAGCAACCUCACAGAGGGCACCAAGUUCUACAAUGACCUCACACAGUUGCUGGUCAACUUCCAGACCAAGAUCAAUGACUUCUGCUUUGCCAGGAGGACUGAGAAGGAGGAGCUGCUGCGGGAUCUGACACAGGGCCUGGCCAACCAGAACUUAGGAUCGGCACCUAACCCUCCUGCGCACCAUCAGGAGUCAGCAGGCCAGGCCAAGUCUCCCCCUCCUCGUCCCCCUCCCCCAGCACUCAACCCCUACCAGGGUGCACCCCAGAUGCCACAGGCACCUCCAGCACAAGCACCCCCAGGCCAGGCUCCCAUUCCUGGGGCUCCUCCUGCUGCAGGUGCAGUGCCCCCACACUACGGCGCCCCACAGAACCUGCCUUACCCCGUCAACCCCACAGGGAUGCCCACCCCACAGGGCUAUGUAUACUCCAGCUACCCUGUCUAUACUCCAAUGCCUCAGGGAUACAACCCAUACUUCCAGCAGCAACCUGGUUAUGCCACCGCACCCUACCCACAGCAGCCCUACACUGCCUACCCCUUCCCUCCUCAAGGACAGCCUCCACAACAGCAGCAUUGGCCCCCACAGUAAAGGUACCCCAGUAUGCUCCUAGGUCACAAGCCCUCACUGUUCAUGUUGCCGUCAGUGUAAUGAUUUUUUGUAACUCAUUCUCCGCUGAAUUGUGAGGGUUUGUCACUCCAAGUCCUGACAGUGGUCCACUGGUGAUAACACGAGGGUGCUGUUUUAAUGUUAUCGUUUCGUAUGGCCAAUAAAUAUCAUAUUGUAAGCUGCUCCUGUCAUUUCAUUUUUAUUAUUAUUAUUUUUUUUUUGUGUGUUUUGUUAUCAUAAGUUGUAUGUGAUGUAGGGUAGAUUUGUCCUUUUUAUUUCUAGGUUUUAAUCCUCUCCCUAAGUGUAUUUUCUACUGCCUGCUGUACUGAAGAAUGCUGUCCUGAGUAAUUGAUAAGUCUGUAUAUGCAUUGCUUGGAGAGUAGAAACUGUUUGUGUGUCCGCUCAUUCUUAUCUUUUUUUUUUUUUUUUUUUUUUUUUUUUUUUUCUGUGUUAUAGUAGUUCUCCCUUGCGCAGUUUCAUGUGCGAGGAGAACUGCCGGGGUUGUACGGGAGCAUGAUGCUCUUCUCUAUAUCACUGAUUUGGAUUUAUGAAAGUGGUACUUGCCUUCAGGAAGGGAACCUGUCCAUAUUGCCCCUUCCGUGAUAACUUGUUUUGAUUAAUUUCUCUUACACGUGCCAGAAGCAUUAUGUUAGCUUUGCAAUAAUCAUGAUGAUUAAUGCCUGCCAAGUGAAGAUCAUGCUUUGCUUGUUGUUGAAGAAGAAAAUAAGUAUUACUUUCCUGAUGUACUGAAUAUAAACUGUAUAGAAUUAUAAAUACAAGGAAAAUUAUUAAAUAUAUGUGAAAUUAUAUAAAUGCAUGUUUUUAGUUUCCUUGUUUAAUAGAUUUUCUUUGUGAGAAAGAAAAGCAUUCAUUGUUGAAUACUUUGUUAGGUGUGUAUGACUGCCUUGAUGGGCCAGAGAGUCGUGUUGCAUGAAGGGAUGUUUUUGUGCAUGUGAAUUGUUUCUGUAUCUGUUAAAGAAAAUAUAGUUCAUCCUUUGAUUAUAAAUGUAUGUGACUGGAAUCACCUUCAGCCCCCUGCACUUCAAUACAAGCUCUUGACUGAGAUAGUGGUAUUUAGGUAAGUUACUGCUGAAAGGUAGAGAAGAAGAGACUUUUAACGGGAAUAAACUGUUAUUCAGAAUAAUAUAAAACAGUAGUAAAAGAUGAGGAUUAGUAAAAAAUAAAUGCACGAUUUCCCAUCUUGUUCUCUUCUUAAAAUAAGAAAAUAUGCACAAGCCAAAUUAAAUUUUACCUUCACUUUUAAUAUAAUAGUCUUCAGUGGCUCCACAAGUUGAAGAUACAUGACACUGGAAGUGCAUUUAAAACAUUCCGCUUUACUCAAGAAAAUUCAAAACCUUCCUGUGUAAUAGUAAGAUCAGUUAACCUUUAAAAAAUAAAUGGCAACUCUAAUUCUCAAGUACAUGUGCAAGACACAGUAAAUUAUCCAUUUUAUAAAUAUCCAAAUAAGAAUGAUUUCAUAAACAAAAUCCCCCUAAAGUGUUCCAAGUUAUUCAUAUGCAUAACUAGUCAGAAGAACUGGAGCUGAAAUAAUUUCUCCUCUUGUCUGCACAUGGAACUCAGAAAUUAGGUGUCCUAUAAGGUGGAAGAAAAAGAUAACUAAAUGAGUAACAGGAGGAUGUUCAUAUAGUUCGUAGUUUAGAAAGAGAAUAAAGUAUUGUUUACAAGCAAAAACUUUUUUCACACUUUCCUAAAGAGUAGCCCGGAGCCUCUGCCAAUCCGUCACGAAACGACAUCUUGCAGUUUGUAAAUGGAAGUAAUACGGGGUUGGUAAAAUAUGCAAUCAAAAGCUUUAGAUAUAGAAGUCUUAUAUAUAUAUAUAUAUAUAUAUGGGUAGUUAUAUAUUGUGUAGGACACUAACUCUGUUCAUACUUGCUGUUGCAGACUAACUGAAAUUUAAAUUUUUGUUAAAUAGUCCUAGAUUUUCUUUGUCUCUGUGAAGAAAUAAUGGAAUGAAGGAGUAAUGAACCAGUGUUUAGGUGAGCUUUUCCCUUGCUUUUGUGUUACACUUGGCAAUGAUUAAAACAACUUUAUAAGUAGGUAAGGGAAACAGAAAAGUAUGCGUUUGAAUGAUAUAAAGUGAAUAAAGAAAGUAGAUAGAGAAAAGAUUAGUUAUUGAUCUUUUAUGUAAUGAUGAACUGGUAUGCAUAUUGCAUCUCCAGUUUAUUACAUAUAAAGGCGAAGAUGUUACUCAUUUUCAAUUAUUAAAGAAAAUCUUGUUUAUCAUCUCAUGCUAUACAGUAAUAUGUGAUCUGGUAGCAUAUUCCUAAUAUUCUGUAAAGGGAGAUAUAUAUUAAACUAGAAUUGUGCCUUUACAAAUAUUGCAAAUCCACAUUUUGACUUUGAGCUUAAUUGUCUUACUGUGUUUUUUUUUAAGUAUUUUUAUUUUUGGUUAGUGUUAGAUUGCCUGGACUGUAUUUAGUAGCAUGAUGUUUUAAAACCACUGCAUUCUGGAAGUUAAUCUGUCUUCUGUGGGUUAUAUUGCCAUUGUAGCUAAUUGUUGAUAGCCUCCAUAAUAUCUGUAAAUCUGAAAUAAUUACGGAUUUCAUUAUGCUUGAUUUUGCCUUUCAUUUAUGUUUGUUGGAAGAGCAAAAUAACUUUCUUUUCCCAUCUAUUCUGUAUUUUUGUUAUUUCGGGAUCUAUGUAAUUCCAUAUUCAUAGAUGUCUAAGUUGCUUCCAAUAAUAUUUUGAUAGCAUUA